CGGCCGCAGGCUGGGAGCUGGCGCGAGCUUGGCGACCAGGACCUUGUGCACGCGGAGCAGCGGAAGACCUGGACGAUGCUGCGGGUGCGGUGUCUGCGCGGCGGUAGCCGAGGCGCCGAGGCGGUGCACUACAUCGGCUCUCGACUUGGAGGAUCCUUAACAGGAUGGGUGCAGCGAACUUUCCAGAGCACCCAGGCAGCUACAGCUUCCUCCCAAAAUUCCUGUGCAGCUGAAGACAAGGCCACCCAUCCUCUGCCCAAGGACUGCCCUGUCUCCUCUUACAACGAAUGGGACCCUUUAGAGGAAGUGAUAGUGGGCAGAGCUGAAAACGCCUGUGUUCCACCAUUCACAGUGGAGGUGAAGGCCAAUACAUAUGAAAAGUACUGGCCAUUUUACCAGAAAAAUGGAGGCCUUUAUUUUCCCAAAGAUCAUCUGAAGAAGGCUGUUGCUGAGGUCGAAGAGAUGUGCAAUAUUUUAUCAAUGGAAGGAGUGACCGUAAGGCGGCCUGACCCCAUCGACUGGUCACUGAAGUAUAAGACUCCUGAUUUUGAGUCUACAGGUUUAUACAGCGCAAUGCCUCGAGACAUCCUGAUGGUUGUGGGAAAUGAGAUUAUAGAAGCUCCCAUGGCAUGGCGCUCACGCUUCUUUGAAUACCGAGCAUACAGGUCAAUUAUCAAGGACUACUUCCACCGUGGUGCCAAGUGGACAACAGCACCCAAGCCCACAAUGGCUGAUGAACUGUAUGACCAGGAUUAUCCCAUCGAUUCUGUGGAAGACAGACACAAACUGGCUGCUCAGGGAAAGUUCGUGACAACCGAGUUCGAGCCUUGCUUUGAUGCUGCUGACUUCAUUCGAGCUGGAAGAGAUAUUUUUGCACAGAGGAGCCAGGUUACAAACUACCUGGGCAUUGAGUGGAUGCGUAGGCAUCUUGCUCCAGACUACAGAGUACAUAUCAUCUCCUUUAAAGACCCCAAUCCAAUGCAUAUCGAUGCCACCUUCAACAUCAUUGGACCGGGUCUUGUGCUUUCCAACCCUGACCGUCCCUGUCAUCAGAUUGAUCUUUUCAAGAAAGCGGGAUGGACCAUAGUUACUCCUCCAACACCAGUCAUCCCCGAUGAUCAUCCCCUCUGGAUGUCAUCCAAAUGGCUUUCCAUGAACGUCUUAAUGCUAGAUGAGAAGCGCGUGAUGGUAGAUGCCAAUGAAGUCCCAAUUCAAAAGAUGUUUGAGAAGCUGGGUAUCAGCACCAUUAAGGUUAACAUUCGAAAUGCCAAUUCCCUGGGAGGAGGCUUCCACUGCUGGACCUGCGACGUCCGGCGCCGAGGCACCCUUCAGUCCUACUUUGACUGAGCAGGCGUGGUGUGUCUUGGGGCCUAACCUCAGAUAUUCCUAAGCAGCAGCAAGGAAGGCCCUUCUCUCGCUUUAACAAAUGCAUGAACUGUAGUGCUCUGAACAAUCACAGCCUUAACAGGGUUCCCAAGCCUGGGCUACUUUUUGUUGAUGUAAGGAAGAUAACUUGACAGGUCUUACUUUCUUCUCCUAAAGUUAUUUACUAUUUGGCUUCAAAUAUAAAAGUUGAGUAAAUGUAUAC